AUGAGAGGGGGGUGUUGUGUUGUGUGAUGCUCUGGUGCUGAUGCUGAGCUCUGGAGUGAUCAGUGCAGCAGGGGAAGAUGCGCGUGCUUGCUGACUGCUGGACGGUGCGAGGUGGUGAAGAGGGAUGUUGCUCUGAGUACAGCUAACAGCCAUCAUCGCGAUCCAUUUCCGCGCUGGAGUUUCAGAGCUUUUUCUUUUUCCUUUCUUUUUUUCGUUCUUUUCCUUUCUUUUCCGUAAAAGUUUCCGCUAUGAUUUCGACUCGUUAAUAAUUGAGUGGAUUUACUUUCCCGCGGUUUUAUCCCUCGCACGCGGCUACACCUGUGCGCAGUGCCCUCAGUAAGCGUGCGCUCUGACUCAGCAUCGCACCUGCCCGCCGCUCGCUCACCGUGUCGCGCCACAGCUGGAUCUCAGCUCGGAGACAAUCAGCCCCGGAGCGCACGCUUCGUAUGCAUCCCUUCCGCUGGAACUACUAAGUACAGAUCUCCAUAUUCCUGCGCAACGGCUGUUUCUGGAGGAAAAGUGUGCAGUGGGCAAAGAAAAAUCUUAGUUUGGAGAUUGAAAGGAGCGGGGCAUGUGGAUAUUGGCCAUCAUCUUUUUCCAGUGCAUUUUGAAUGUUCUCAGUGAAGACCUACAUUCCAGCUUGUAUUUUGUCAAUGCAUCUCUGCAAGAGGUAGUGUUCGCCAGCACCACGGGGACUCUGGUUCCCUGUCCUGCAGCAGCGGUGCCGCCCGCUACCCUGCGCUGGUAUCUGGCCACCGGCGAGGAGAGCUACAACGUCCCAGGGAUCCGCCAUGUCCAUCCAAACGGCACUCUCCAGAUCUUCCACUUUCCUCCGUCCAGCUUUAGCAAAGUGAUCCACGACAACACUUACUAUUGCACAGCGGAAAAUCCUUCAGGGAAAAUUAGAAGCCAAGAUGUUCAUAUUAAGGCCGUGUUACGAGAGCCCUAUACGGUCCGUGUGGCGGACCAGACCGCGAUGAGAGGCAGCGUAGCGGUCUUCAAGUGCAUUAUUCCUCCCUCAGUGGAGAACUACAUCACUGUUGUGUCAUGGGAGAGAGACACCGUACCACUCGUCUCAGGGCCUCGAUUUCUCAUAACGUCCACGGGGGCCCUGUACAUCUUGGAUGUGCAGAAGGAGGACGAACUAUUCAACUACCGCUGCAUGACGAGACAUCGCUACACAUCUGAGACCAGACAGAGCAACAGCGCACGGCUAUUUGUGCCAGAUCCAACAAACUCUGCGCCUGCGAUCCUCGAUGGGUUUGAGAAGCGGGAGGUCAUGGCGUCCCACAGAGUGGAGCUCCCAUGCAAGGCCUCCGGACACCCGGCACCAAAAUACCGCUGGCUAAAAAACAACAGACCGCUAGAAUCAGACUCCCGUUUCCGUCAGAGCGCAACGGGCCUGCUGAUCGAGAGAGCCCAGCCCAGUGACACCGGCAGCUACGUGUGUGAGGUGUGGAACAGCUAUGGGAACGCAGAGGUCAUAGGUCGUCUCACGGUAAAAGAACCUCUUAAAGUGGUGGUCAGUCCGCGAAAGGUGAAAGGCAGCGUGGGUAGCCAAGUGUCGCUAACCUGCAGUGUGACUGGCUCAGAUGAGUAUGACCUCUCGUGGUACCGCAACGGCGACAAGAUCAACACCGGCACCAACGUGCGGAUGAACGGGAUCAAUAAGGAGAACCUUGUGAUGGACGGGAUGGCGAAGAGCGACGGAGGAGUGUACCAGUGCUUCGCCAGGAAGGCCAAAAUGUCAGCUCAGGAUUUUGUGCAAGUCAUUUUAGAAGAUGGAACCCCUAAGAUCCUGUCCGCCUUUAGCGAGAAAGUUGUCGGUCCGAAUGAGUUUGUCUCCCUGAUGUGUCACGUCAAGGGAACUCCACAGCCUGCUGUCACCUGGACGCUGGAUGAUGACGUUGUCAUGAAGGACAGUCGGCACCGCAUCGGUCACAGCAUAACGGCGGAGGGGAACGUGGUCAGCUACCUGAACAUCUCCCACACCCAGGUUCGGGACAGCGGGGUCUAUCGCUGCACCUGCAACAACUCGGCGGGGACGGUCUCCUACCAGGCUCGAAUAAACGUAAGAGGUCCUGCUGACAUACGACCAAUGAAAAACCUCACAGCAAUAGCUGGGCGGGACAUGUACAUUCACUGCCAUGUGAUUGGCUACCCGUAUUACUCCAUCAAAUGGUAUAAGAACUCCAACCUUCUCCCUUUUAAUGACCGUCAACGGGCGUUCGAGAACAACGGCACGCUGAAGCUGCUGAACGUGCAGAAAGAACUGGACGAAGGAGAGUACAGCUGCCAUGUGCUGGUUCAGCCCCAGCUCUUCAAGAACCAGAGCGUCCACAUCACUGUGAAAGUGCCUCCCUUCAUCCAGCCUUUCGAAUUCCCACGUUAUUCCAUCGGCCAUCGCGUCUUCGUGCCCUGCGUUGUGCGCUCAGGUGACCUUCCCAUCUCUAUCACCUGGGAGAAGGAUGGAAAGCCCAUUAACGCCAGCCUGGGGGUGACCAUCGACAACAUCGACUUCACCAGCUCCUUGCGCAUCUCCAACCUCCAGCGAGUGCACAAUGGCACCUACACCUGCAUCGCCCAAAACGAUGCCGCCGUCGUCAAAUACCAGAGUCAGCUCAUUGUUAGAGUUCCACCAAGGUUCAAAGUUCAGCCUCAAGACCAGGAUGGAAUCUAUGGUAAAUCUGUCAUCUUGAACUGCUCUGCGGAUGGAGAGCCACGGCCUACCAUUGAGUGGAAAUACUCAAAAGGUGCUGGGGUGCCCCAGUUUCAACCCAUCGCUCUAAACUCGGGCUUCAGGGUCCAGCUGCUCGGGAAUGGCUCACUGCUGAUUAAGCACGUUCUUGAGGAGGACGCAGGUUAUUACCUGUGCAAGGUCAGCAAUGACGUGGGAGCCGAUGUCAGCAAGUCCAUGUACCUCAACGUAAAAAUUCCAGCCAUGAUAACAUCGUAUCCCAACAACUCACUGGCAACAAAAGGAGAGAAGAUAGAGAUGAGCUGCAAGGCUCAUGGUGAGAAGCCCAUCAUGGUCAGAUGGGAGAAGGAGGUGGAAAAGGAGAAGCAGUCACACAUGAUCAAUCCAGACAUGUGGCGGCACACGGUUACGGUCAAGAAUGUCGGCGACGAGGUCGUCUCCACCCUGCAGAUCUAUCCAACAAUGAGAGAGGAUUCUGGGUUCUUCUCCUGUCACGCCAUUAACUCCUAUGGUGAAGACAGAGGCAUCCUUCAGUUAACAGUUCAAGAGCCACCAGAGCCUCCGAAAGUGGAGAUUCGUGAGGUGAAAGAGAGGACCAUCGCCCUCCGUUGGACCAUGGGAUUCGAUGGGAACAGUCCCAUUACCGGCUAUGAUAUUGAGUGCAAAAAUAAAACAGAAACUUGGGAACGAGCUCGCAGGACCAGAGAUGUGUCUCCCACCCUAUACCAGGCCACCAUCAUAGAGCUUCACCCAUCGUCCACCUACAACAUCCGCAUGUUCGCGAAGAACCACAUUGGCGAUAGUGAACCCAGCAAUGAGCUCACAGUAACCACCGAUGAAGCAGAUCCUGAAGGACCACCCCAAGACGUCACACUGGAAGCCAUCACCUCCCAAAGUAUAAAAGUUACAUGGAAGGCACCGCUGAAACAUCUCCAGAAUGGUGUGAUCAGGGGGUAUCAGGUGUGCCAUCGAGAACACUCCAUCAACGGCAGUCACCAGUUCGUCUGCAUCAGCAUGGAGGCCACGGGAGAGACCGAGUCCCUGAGCCUCAACAACCUGAAGAAGUUCACCGAGUAUGAGGUGGUGGUGCAGGCCAGUAACAGUGCUGGUCCAGGGCCAGCUUCCAGUGAGGUCCGGGCCACAACAAUGGAGGACGUACCCAGCAGAGCUCCAGAGAAGGUUCUGGCCACCGCUGCUUCCCCUGAGAGCAUCUCUUUAUCCUGGCAGACUCUCCAGGAAGCUCUCAACGGCGUUCUACAGGGUUUCCGCAUCAUCUACUGGGCCAAUCUACCAGAUGGAGAACUAGGGGAAAUCAGAAACGUCACUACCCAGAAGGCCCAGCUGGAGCUGGAGGGUCUGGAGAAAUACACCAACUACAGUAUCCAAGUGCUGGCCUUCACCAGAGCAGGAGACGGAGUACGCAGCGACCAGAUCUACAUCCGCACCAAAGAGGAUGUGCCAGGUCCGCCCGGCGGGGUGAAGGCAGCUGCAGCCUCCAGCUCUGUGGUGUAUGUUUCUUGGCUCCCUCCGCUGAAGCUGAAUGGCGUUAUUAGGAAAUACACAGUCUUCUGUUCCAGCUCGUAUCCCACGGUGGUCAGUGAGUUUGAAGUGGCCCCAGAUGAAUUCCUGCACCGGGUUCACAAUCUCAGUCGCAACAGGAAGUACAGUAUCUGGGUGAUGGCAGUGACUGCGGCCGGCCGGGGGAACAGCAGUGAUGUCAUCACCGUGGAACCUCUGGCCAAAGCUCCUGCCAAAAUCCUCACAUUCAGUGGUACUGUUACAACGCCAUGGAUGAGGGAUGUUGUUUUACCCUGCAGGGCGGUCGGAGACCCGCCUCCUGCCAUUAAAUGGCUGAAAGAGAGCGGGAGCCCGGCCCCUGCAGUCAUUGAUGGAAGACGCAGUAUCCAUGGAAAUGGCAGCUUCGUCAUUAAGACGGUGAAAGCAGAGGAUUCUGGGUAUUACACGUGUGUCGCCAGCAAUAACUGGGGAACGGACGAAAUAAUUCUUAACCUUCAGGUUCAAGUCCCCCCUGACCAACCUCGUCUCACUGUGACCAAGACAACCACCACAUCCAUUACUGUGUCCUGGAUACCAGGAGACAACGGUGGGAGCUCCAUUAGAGGAUAUAUUCUGCAAUACUCAGAGGACAACAGUGAGAAGUGGGGAAGUAUUUCUAUCAGUCCUAGUGAGCGUUCUUACCGUCUGGAAAACCUCAACUGUGGCACUUGGUACAAGUUCACGCUAACGGCCCAGAAUGCUGUUGGUCCAGGCCGAAUCAGUGAGAUAAUCGAAGCGAAGACUCAUGGGAAAGAGCCACAGUUCUCCAAAGAGCAGGAGCUGUUUGGUAGCAUUAACGGAACAUGCGUUAAACUCAACCUGAUUGGCUGGAAUGAUGGCGGUUGUCCAAUCACCUCCUUCAUCCUGGAAUACCGUCCUUUGGACAGCCCCGUGUGGACCAAAGUGAAGCGCACCUCUCUUACGAAGAGCUACAACCUGCCAGACUUGCAGGAAGCCACUUGGUACGAGCUGCAGAUGAAGGUGUACAACAGCGCAGGGUUGGCUGAGAAACGUGUCAAAUUUGCUACUUUGAACUACGACGGCAGCACCAUUCCUCCGCUGGUGAAGACCGCGGUGAAGGACCCGGUGAAGAAAACCAGCAACGAGGGGAUGAAGAUGAUGGUGACGAUCUCCUGCAUUUUGGUGGGAAUGGUGCUGCUCUUCGUCCUGCUGAUGGUGCUGAGGAGGAGGAGGAGAGAGCAGAGGCUGAAGCGGCUCAGGGAUGCAAAGAGUUUGGCUGAAAUGCUUAUGAGUAAGAACACAAGGCCUUCAGAUACCAUGAACAAACAACAGCAGACCCUCCGCAUGCACAUCGACAUUCCCCGAGCGCAGCUGCUCAUCGAAGAGAGAGACACCAUGGAAACAGUGGACGACAGAUCAACCGUGCUAUUGACCGAUAACGAUUUUGGAGAAACUACCAAACAGAAGUCGGCCACUGUCACGCACUCUGUCCACUAUCAGUCUCUGUCGCAGGCCACUGGCCCGCUGGUGGAUGUCUCUGACGUCCGACCUGGGACGAGCAAGAGCAGUCUGUCGAAUCCCACCUCUCGCCGUACAGCUAAAGCUGGCCCUGCGGCCCGUAACCGCUAUGCCAGUCAGUGGACGCUAAAUCGCCCUCACCCUCCUGUCUCUGUCCACACUCUCAGCACGGACUGGAGGCUGGGAACGCCCAGAGUAGCCGGCUCGGUGGACAAAGAAAGCGACAGCUAUAGUGUCAGUCCAUCACAGGACACAGACCGCGCUCGCAGCAGCAUGGUCUCCACUGAGAGCGCUUCUUCUACGUACGAGGAGCUGGCCAGAGCCUACGAACAUGCCAAGAUGGAAGAACAGCUGCGACACGCCAAGUUCACCAUCACAGAGUGCUUCAUCUCAGACACAUCCUCCGAGCAGAUGACCGCCGGCACCAACGAUUACACGGACAGUCUGACCUCCAGUACACCAUCAGAAUCAGGCAUCUGCAGGUUCACUGCCUCACCACCCAAACCCCAGGACGUCUGCAGGGUGAUAAACAUGGCUGUACCCAAGGCCCACAGACCAGGAGGGGAGCUCGUACACCUGCCUCCGUACCUGCGGAUGGACUUCCUUUUGAACCGGGGUGUGUCGGGAGCGUCUCGGGAAGCGGCGAUGGGCCAGGCCUGUUUGGAGCCACAGAAGACCCGCUCGCUGAAGCGCCCCGCCUUGCUGGAGCCGACGCCCAUGGAGGUGCCGACCAGCAGGGACGUGCAGCAGUGGCAGCCAGGCACGGCCUCGACGCUUCCGCAGAGAGAGGCCGGAACGGACUUGGCGCAGGCUGCCAAAAUCAGCACCUCCCAGGAAUCGCUGCUGGACUCCAGAGGACACUUAAAACAGACCAACAAUCCCUACGCAAAGUCCUACACACUGGUAUAACAAAGAUCGGACAAAAAUAAACAUCGAGCAAAAAGCGAACUCUUCAUGCGCGGUUGUAUAUAUGUUUCCACUUCUACUCCUAACAGUUUCUUUAUUUUAUGCUUUUUUAAACAGUGAAUUCACUUCUUAAACAGAACUCCACACACCCAGAGAUUGCCAAAAUGAUUUUAUUAUUAUUAUUAUUAUUAAUGAUGAUGAAAUUGAUGAUUUACUAAUUUACUUAUUUUAGCAGUUAGUGUGCACAAACUAAUGAAUGGGAACCCAUUUUCGUUUUUUUUUACUAAAAUUUCUUUGUGUAAUUAGUUUGAGAUAAAGCGUGAGAGUGAUUUCCAUUGGUCCAAAGUUGUUAGCGUUCUGUUUUGAAGAAAUCCUGGGAGUGCAUGAGGACGAACCAAUUUAAGAUGAAGAUGACAGUAUGAAUACCGACCACUGGAGGGUCCAGCCCAGAAUUUUUUGACUACGAAAAUAUUCAAAUGUGAAGAUUUCGUAUUCUUAUGAGUAUAAAUAUAUAAAAAAAUAUAUAUAUAAAAUGAGAAAUCACUUUUAUUUGUGGGUAUUACAGGGAAAUUUUUUGAUUUGGUUAAUAAAGUCCUUUAGUCAUGUUUGCACAUAUCUUGUUUAACCUAGAAAAGCAAGUCUUGAUUGACAAUUAUUUGUGUUCCAUUCUCUAAUGGUGCAAUAUGAAAAUCCAUGAACCACGUUUGCUUUCUUCUGUACUGUAUCUCGCCCAUGACGUGAGCUUCUGAGAGCCGGAGCGAAUGAAAUGACAGAUUCAGGUGUAAAUCAGCUGCGGUGGAAGCAAAAGUUGAUUUAGCAUGCUGCACGGGGGGAGACUGGACCACCUACUGCACUGACAGUGUGGCUCUUUCACCUCCUAUGUGUAGUGCACUAGAAAGGUGUCUUCAGGGCACGCUCUCUCGUCUUCAUUAGAUUUAUUUUUGCUGCAUUGCAGACAUGCUGCACUACAGGGAAACUGAGACAAUCUAAAGAGAUCCCCUAAAAGAAUAACAAUUAUGAUAAUAUUCAUAAAGAACCACAAGCAGUUCUAUAUGAUUAUGGGCCGUAUGGUAGCAAUAUGUUAUUGUUACCGCUCUGCACCAAACUGUCUUGCAGGGAGAGUUAUGAUGAAGAAUUGUGAGAUGAUAUUUCGCUAUAUUUGAUUAGAUAAAUCUAUUGUCCUCACUAUACUCAUUUACAAAUGUUUUUGUUGUUUUUCACUUUUUUUUCUAUUUUUGCUUUUUUUCAACAGAGUGCUCACGGUUGUGACACUCCAGAAAAGAUUUUCCAUGAUAAUCCUGUCGACUAAUAAAAGGUUGAU